GGAAAAUUGGGUGGAGAUUACACUUCGAAAUGGAAGGAUAUUGGUGACCAACUAAAUAUGUUUUUUGAGGAGUACAAAAUUAGUUCUUCUUUGUCUUCCAUGUCAAGUGGCGGAAGCAGUACCUCAAGCACAAGGACUAGUUCAAGUUGGAGCAUGGAUAACUUCACUAGUGAUUUCGAUACUUUUAAUGUGAACAUGAAUACAUUAGGCAAGUCUGAAUUGCAAAUAUAUCUAGAAGAUCCAAGGGAACCUCGUAUGCUUGAAAAGGAUGGUGUUGAGUAUCUUAAUGAUCUUGAUGUCUUAAAUUAUUGGAAGGAGCAUCAAUAUCGUUACCCUCAACUCUCUCGAAUGGCAAAGGAUAUACUUGGUAUUCCUAUUACAUCAGUUGCUUCAGAGUCGUCUUUUAGCUUGGGAGGUAGAGUAUUAAACAAAUGGAGGAGUAGUAUGCUAAGUGACACC